GUCGCCUACCAUCACGGACUGUACCUGUGAGCACCCCGGAAUAGAACCGUGAUCUCAUAUAUCAACAUCCUGUGUGGUUUCAAGGCAUGUCUACUAUGGACGUAGCGCAAAGCCCUGAAUGCGACUGUCGCGUGUUCGGCAGCAACAAAUUGCAAGCUGUCGUCCUAUAUGGAUCUUUCGCAUUCUGGUGCGCCUUCGUGACGCGACCCUUCCGACCAGGACCGUCAUGGUUAUCCAGGAGCACAUGGCUCAUCCUGGCGUCCCUUGACACAUUCAUUAUGGUUACCUGGGACUCCGGAGAUUCCAGGACUACCACGCAGAUUGUCGGAGUUGGCAUUCUUCUUGGGGUUACCUGCCUCGUCACAUUCCUGAUAGAAAUGAUUAAUGAAGGAGAUAGGCGGAGCGCCGACAACGCCGAGAAGAAAAAGAAGCUCGAUCUCGAGCAGCAGAAUAACACAACGAAGAAUUGAGUUCGGAUGGACAGGCUUGGGGAUUUGGCGGGAGAUUGCGUCAGAAGCGGC